CAACAAUGUGACCCAAAAAAGGCAAACAAAACUCUGCCGCUAUAAAUAAAGGCAGAGAAACUACCAUCGGCCGGCCAGUUGGAGGAAGAGCUCCACCAAUAAACGCCGCCUCCUUCUGGCUUUAUCUCAUUGUUAAAGCGUUACGUGCAAUGCACAAUAAUUAACCAAUUUAAACAAAAGCCUCUUAAAGAAUUGAAAAAUAAAAAAGGACAGGCCUGGUGCACAAAACGGGCCGUAUACAUACAAGAAAAAUAGAAUCCACUUGACGCGUGAGAAUUGGGAGAUUGAAAAAUCAAUUUGAUUGUGUUGGGUAUAUCAGGUGACAUAAUUUAGGAAAAUGAAGGUGAAUUGGGAGGUUAAGGAUUGUUGUAACCAUGACCAAGUCAUCUUCCUUGUCACCAUUGCUGUCUACACCGUCUGCAUUUUUAUAUUAUGGAGAACAUUUAUUAUAACACCUUUCAAGCUCAUUACUGUGUUUCUUCAUGAAGUAAGCCAUGCAAUUGCUUGUAAGCUCACAUGUGGUGAGGUGGUGGGCCUAGAAGUUCAUGCUAAUGAGGGGGGAGUGACACAAACGCGUGGUGGGCUUUCUUGGGUGAUCUUGCCUGCUGGAUAUCUGGGUUCGUCUUUUUGGGGAAUGGUUCUCAUACUCGCAUCGACAAAUGUUCUCACCGCAAUGAUAGCUGCUGGCUGUUUUAUUGCCGCUUUGUUUAUCGUGCUCUUCCUUGCAAAAAAUUGGACACUUAGAGGACUUUGCAUCGGAUUUAUCAUUUUCAUUGGUGGAAUUUGGGCUAUGCAAAUAGAAACGGAUGUUCGUAUGCUCCGUUAUGUAAUUCUCUUCAUAGGUGUUAUGAACAGCUUGUUUUCAGUAUAUGAUAUCUAUGAUGAUUUAAUAUCUCGAAGAGUGAACACAAGUGAUGCUGAGAAGUUUGCUGAACUUUGUCCGUGCUGUUGUGCUGGUAUUUUUUGGGGAGUCCUCUGGGGAAUGAUAUCUUUUGCAUUUCUUUUUGGAGCUAUGUACCUUGGACUUGCCCUUUUAUCUUGAGGUUUUUUCAGAUGGGUUAACAUCCUUACGAUAUGGCGGAGCAAAAUUCCUGUCGGCUCAUCAGUCUUUCGAUUGGCUGUUGUACAGUAUUUCAUUAACCUUAGAUGCGACAUUCAUUUUUGUCCAGGGGUGUACUCUUAUCAUAACCAGGUUGGCACAUUCUUUUUAUCCCUAUUAGAUGGGGUUAGUACAGUUAUGGCUUGUAUUUGUAUAGCAAGAUCAAAUACCAUGGCUUCCAGAUCAACUGAUUCCUCGGCUAAAUUAGAGAAAUAGAAAAAUGUUUAUGUUUAUAAGUCUUGAUUUCACUGUAAAUCAGUGAGUAUAGUUGUUUGAUGCCUGAACAUGACUUGUUCCCCUUGUAUUUUGUUUAACUAGAUUCAAGCGAGUGUGAAGAACUUGAUUAGUUUUCCA